GUACGUAAGAUGAAGCAGCAAAAGCUCAAAGUAAGAAAAAUGGCAUACCGGUGGCGAGGGCGAUGCCCCUCUGAGGAGUACCAAGUGUACGACCCCCCAGUAGAGGCUAAACAUCAUAGGCAUAGGCAAGACAACAAGGGUCGUGUGGCAUUCAGAACCAACUACGAGGAUCCUAUAGCUGAAGAAGUAGAAGUAGAAACCAACUUGGAGGAUCGUGAGCAAGAGCAACAACGUUUCCAAAGUACCAGGUUUAAUCGGAAUCACAAUGCUUACAAAAGCGUUGACCAAGAGGCUGAGGCUUUUAUUCUGUAUGAGCACAGUAGGAUGGAGAUGGCUAGGCUCAUGUCAAUAAGGGAUGCAUGACCUUUUCUUGUACAUAUAGAGGCUUCAUGUACAUUAAUAAUGCUCUUAUAGUCUAUGGCUGGUUAAUUUGGUGUGCCCUUAAAAUGGUUAAAAGAUUUUGGGGUGAGACUUUGUGAAAAAGUUUUACUAAUGAUUCAUCCCUCAAUUUUUUUUAUCACCCCUUUUAAGAUGCUAUCAAAUUGAAUCGUAGCCAUACCAAACAUAUCAUAUCAUCAAUAAUAUCUACGACUGGAGUGCUCAGGGACUUCUUUUUUUCUUUUUUUUCUUAUCUUUAUUUCACCUAAAUAAAUGCAUUGAGGCCUCACAUUUAUAUGA